AUGCGAAGAUCUAAAUCUAAACACGAACUCAGUGACAUCAAACUUUCAGUUGGCCACAUCAAAUUGCCACUUAAAUCAAUUCCCGAUGAAUCUAAGGCCCUUUGCAAGGACUCCUCGUCAUCUCAACCCGAAUCUGGCGAGCCUACAGUUCCAAUGAAGGACAACAAAAGUUUCGAUCAAAUGAAGCCCCAGGCUGACUGCGAGAACAAAAUCCUCACGAAAGCUCAUGAAAAUUUGAAAACAAGGUACAUCGCUCAUGCUUGUGGUAGCAUAGCCUCGGAGAGCAACACAUCAGAUACCGAUUCUCUCUGUACCGAAUCAAUGUCGAAAACACUUCGUAUCGAAAAGAAGCCACCUUUUCCACCAAUCGACCUCCAAACAAAUACUCAAGUGUCUCCGGAGCAAUGUUUGGAAGUAUUUAAACAUGUAUCCGCAACACUUAACGAGCUCGAGCCCAUAGCCCGCGAAGCUACCGUCAGUCAAUCACGAAACCACCAUGAACACUGUCAAGAUCUGAUUGAGCUUCAUUGCAGACUACUUGAUGAUUAUGUCGAGCUUCUUGGUAUAUUCCAGCAUGGUGGUCUCAUCUAUUGA